GGCAAUUAUAGCGUCUCACAGGACACAUACCUGUUAACUGCAAUGACGUCACAGUACUGACAGCACAUGUGUAGUUUAGAAUUUCGUGAGGAACUACCUAGAGGAUAGUAUUUACCGUACACCAAACUACUAAUCACAAUAUGGCUCGGACCUGGGCACUGGUCAUCACUCUUUGCAUGCUGGUCAGUUGCAUCACUGAAGAAAUACCCGGAUGUGUUUUUCUGGAUAUUAACACUAACACAUUCAACUGCACUUCCGGUAACAUUACGUCAUUUCCGACACGUGAACAAAUCCCUUACGGUGUCUCAGCUAUCGACUUAUCUCAUAACAAGCUGGUACAUAUCCCGCAUAUUAACAUCACUGCACCCCAAGCCCUGAAACACCUUAAUCUCUCCCGAAACCAUAUCUCGUCAGUGAGCCAGGCCGCCUUUACAGAUCUCACGGCGCUCGAAACGCUUGAUCUGUCCUACAAUCUCCUUCGCGGAUCUGAUCUGAUCGUGAAGCAGUAUCGUCUCGUGAUGAGCGAGUUCCACAGUCUGCGGGUGCUCAUCCUUAGGGGUAAUGCCUUGGGGAUGAUAGAACGUCUCACGUUCAGGGAAUUUGGUUACGAUCGGCUCGAGGAGCUGGAUUUGUCUUUCUGUGCGAUCUCUACUCUUCAACAUCUCGCACUCGAAAAUCUCAUGAGACUUCGUGUCCUUGACCUUAGUCACAACAAUUUGGCCACCUUUGACACUGCUGCGUUUUCAGGGGUCACGCACCUGCAUAGCCUCGAUCUGAGCUAUAACAAACUUACAGAGAUCACGGACAUGCACCUGACUCUUACGUCAUCAUUGCAUUUCAUCAACCUUGACAAUAACCUGAUCACGGCCAUCAGAGACAACGCAUUCUCCGGAGUGUCAGGACUUGAACGUCUGGGCCUGCGCAGCAACCGUCUACACCGGAUUACACAGCUGUCGCUCCCUACGGACAUGCACAGAGCUCCCGAUCUCGAUAACAAUCCCUGGUCAUGUGACUGCCAUACGAAGUGGAUCAUCUCGCCAGACUCCGUCCUCCGCACUCUCAACGCGUCCAUAAUAUGUACCUAUCCAUCGCGACUCCGAGGCUUGGACAUAUUCGACAUUGACGAAGCUGACCUAGCCUGCCCGCAGUCCCUGUUGACUAUAUUAACGACCCUGUUAAUAACACUCGCUAUCAUCAUCAUUUUCGGCGGAUUAUUUAUGCUGCUGUACCACAAGCGGGCAUUGCUCAAGUGUGUACGGGGUACCGGGGUCAAAGGUCGAUACGUGGCUGUGUAUUCACAUGACAGGGAGGACGCCGGCGUAACGUUGGAAAUGGACCCGACUUUUGACAAAUCAAAUCUUGAGAAAGAGGCUGACUCAGAAGUGUACGCUUAACAUGUAACCAUUAAUUUUGUUUACAAAAUAUAAAUGGUUAAAUCAUAUCUAGGGAACACUUUGUUGACAAGGAAUUAUAAGUGCAACAAUUUCGAUACAGCCAUUGUUUUAUAUUUUUGUAAUAUGUAUUUAUUGUUUUCAUAAACGUUUCUGUAUUUUGAAUUUCAUGUACAUCAUUUUUUUCAGUAUCGCAUACAUAUGAAAUGCCUGAUGUUCAAAACUUUAUUAGCGGAAAGAAAGAACAAUGGGCGAGUCCCCUGUAAUUCGUCUCCCCUUUCAUCGAUAUAAGAUAGUUCUGUCAGCGUGAUUAAUUUAUUUUUUCUUCCUUUAGCGUGUGUGUGAGUGUGUGCUUGUAAAAUAUGCAGUAAUAUGAUGCCAAUAUCAACAAGAAACAAGAAAAGUAGAUCGAGGAGAUUGGCGGAGAAAAAUAUCACCAUCAGGUCUAUUUAUUGUGGACUAGUUGACUUAAACUUCGAAUUUGCAUAUUCAUAAAAUGAUCAGUUAUUUUG